GCCGCAAAUGAUGAAACCAGAGCGGAUGACUUUGUCAAGUUUUUCGUAAUGUUUCUGUUGGUUUCACUAUUUGUCCCUAAAAAAUGUGGGCAGACUCUCGCAGCAAAGUACUUGUAUAUGGUGUUUGAUAUGAACAAGGUGUGCUGGCCGGAAGUCUUCCAUGACUAUGUACUUGAUUCGAUAAUGACAAACAGAACAGACGUAGAAAAUGUUGUUGGUUGUGUAAUAUACCCUCUGUACUGGUUGGCAGAGAUGACAAAGAUCGCACAAAGAAAGCAUGGGCUAGACAAGUAUCCGAGGUUUGCUAGAUGGAACCUUAGCAACAUCUGUCAACAAGUAUUGUCUAACUUCGAGAAUCUUGAAGAAAAAACAGAACUUUGGUCUAAGGAGAAUAUUGGUCACCGAAAGGGAUCAUUCUUGCUUCAGUAUGACGAAUCAGAAAUGCGUUAUAACAAGGGAUGUCAACAUGAUAAAUGA